ACCGGAGCGCGCUUCGUCUGACGGAGAGAGACGUAUAUUCAGUUUACGUUUUCUUAAACACAAGAAACAGAUUGCAAUCUGCAUAGAGGAAAAAUCUACUGUAGCUCGUUGACCGACCGUGGUGUGUUCCGAGUCUGCUGUCCUCAAAGAGACGUAAUCAUAUAUAGUGCACGGGAUAACGUUUGCACAGUUGCACUGCCUGGAAUGCGCGAGAUCCAAUUUGUGUAUCGGUUGGGUCAACAAUAGUUCUCGUUGUAUUGAGUUUUUAGUUUUCAGAGAGGCUCCACUGCCACGCGAAGGAGGAAACCGAAGUUACGACGGGCUUGUUUGUCUCGCAGUCUCUGAAUUCUGCAGGAAUGUCUCACAAGGAGAGACCAACUUUCUACAGACAGGAGCUGAACAAGACGAUAUGGGAGGUCCCGGAGCGGUACCAGGCCCUGUCCCCGGUCGGCUCUGGAGCCUAUGGAUCAGUCUGCUCGUCGUAUGACGUAAAGUCGGGGCUGAAGAUGGCGGUGAAGAAGCUGUCCAGGCCUUUCCAGUCGAUUAUCCACGCUAAGAGGACCUACAGAGAACUACGGCUCCUCAAACACAUGAAACACGAGAAUGUGAUUGGUCUGUUGGAUGUUUUUACGCCCGCCACCAGCCUAGAGGAGUUCAACGACGUGUACCUGGUGACCCACCUGAUGGGGGCGGACCUCAACAACAUAGUGAAGUGUCAGAAGCUGACAGACGACCACGUGCAGUUCCUCAUAUACCAGAUCCUCAGGGGACUCAAGUAUAUCCAUUCAGCAGACAUCAUCCACAGAGAUCUGAAGCCCAGUAAUCUGGCAGUGAAUGAGGACUGUGAGCUCAAGAUCCUGGACUUUGGUUUGGCAAGACACACUGAUGAUGAGAUGACGGGUUAUGUAGCGACCAGGUGGUACCGCGCCCCAGAGAUCAUGCUUAACUGGAUGCAUUACAACAUGACAGUGGACAUCUGGUCAGUGGGCUGCAUCAUGGCAGAGCUGCUCACUGGACGGACGUUAUUCCCCGGCACCGACCAUAUCAACCAGCUGCAGCAGAUCAUGAGGCUGACAGGAACGCCCCCGGCCUGUCUCAUUAGCCGGAUGCCCAGCCACGAGGCCAGAAACUACAUCAACUCCCUUCCCCAGAUGCUCAAGAGGAACUUUGCUGAUGUGUUCGUUGGCGCUAACCCACUAGCGGUGGAUCUGUUAGAGAAGAUGUUGGUUCUGGACACUGAUAAGCGGAUCACAGCGUCUGAGGCCCUGGCCCACCCCUACUUCUCCCAGUACCACGACCCAGACGAUGAGCCAGAGUCCGAGCCGUACGACCAGAGCUUCGAAAGCAGAGAGCUGGAGAUAGAGGAGUGGAAAAGGUUGACGUAUGAGGAGGUUUGCAGCUUCGUGCCCCUGCCAUUCGAUGGAGACGAGAUGGAAUCCUGAAGGGACGAGGGUGAAGUCAUUGCUAAUCCCGCCUCCUUCUCUUACUGAACUGUGAGGAGGAAGUUGCAUGUAGACACUGAUCUAGGGCCAGUUUUGUGUUUCAUCCUCUAAUGGUUUAGGUUAGGAUCUGGGGGUAAGCUGAUCCUAGAUCUGUACUUAGAUACAACUUACAUCCGGAGCACGCAACCUUGUGUGAGGACUGUCAACUCACCGGACUAGUUCACAAACAAACAAUCAGGAAACCACAACGUUCAAGUGCCUGCCGUCAUUCAUUUCUGGGGUUACAGGUCAAGGGUCAAAGGUGACACCCCAACACCCUCCUCCUGCUUGCUGUAUUAUAUUGUCUUUGAUUGGGUCCCUGGAUGAAUUGGGGAAAUGACUUUAAUAUAUUAUCUACUGUUUGUGUGUUUAGAAUAUGUGUUAAGUCACAUUAUUCGCAAAAAACUACCUAAAUUCCUGGAAAAGGUGCUCAGAUUUUAAACAAUCAAUCACAUGGUUUAACCAACAAACCACUGCGUUGUUGGAACAUUUAUUUAUGGUCUGUAGUUUAUAGCCUUUUGGAUAGAAGUCGGUAGGAAAUACAACAGUGGUCAUGACCUGCUCCUCGAUGACAAACCUUGUCUCCACAGUCAAACUGUACACUGUUGUUAUGCCUGCCAGGGUUUUAGAUGUGUAAAUAAGGCUGCACUCUUAUAAAUAAAUGAUACUGUGCACCAACAGUAAUACUUCCUAGAAGUCACUAUUAUCAUAGAGCACAUAGCCCCCUCAAGGCUUAGAACAUUGCCCCUAGCAACAAGAACCCUUUAGGAAUGUCUGUCAGGUUCCAGACUCAGAGGGAUUGUUAUUAAAUAGUGUUCCAUGAGAAUGUACACUCGUUUUGACUUCCAUCUUUUCUCUCUGUCAAUCACCCAGAAAGAGGGGGGAAGGGCCUUGGAGUUUGUAUUUGCUUAUCCUGCCUCUUAACAUAUCUAUUUUUCUAACCAUCUCUGUCAGUUUUUUUUUUUUUUUUCACUCCAUCAUUGUAUCAUUGCCUCCUUGAGCACUACUGUCCUGUCCUCUGUGUAGUCUUAUUAAAAGUGAGUGGAGAGGUAAUAUGUUACUGUCACAAAAUGUUAUUUAAUAGAAUGUUGUAUUUAAAAUCCUCCAACCCCAUAUCACAAGACAGAAUGGGUUUUUCGUAGCAUCCAAAAUGUGUGCUCUGUCUAGUGCUUUGAGGUUCAAAGUUGGAGCUUCCAUUAGAUAGCCAUAGGCAUAGAAUUCCUAUAAAAAACUAUUCUAUGGUUAUAGGAAUCUAUAGGAAGUCUUGAUAAAUCACUGGAUUCCCAGUCCUGGUUGUUGACAAUGUGAUUUCAAUCAUAUUCAAAUGUAUUUUUAAAUAACUGUAUUUCCAUAGAUGUAUCUGUUAUUCUGUUCUGUUGAAUGAGUGGGAUGCUAGCACCCCCUACUGUAUGUAAUAUAUGUUUCUCUUUCAAGUUCAACAGGGCUGCCAAAAGCAGUGGCUUCAUCUUAGUCUCUGGUUGCGGCCAAAAUAGCACGUUAUUCCCUAUAUAGUGCAACUACUUUUGACCAGAGCUCAUAGGGCCCUGUUCAAAAGUAGUGCACUAAAUAGGGAAUAUGUUUCCAUUUCGGACGUACCUGUGAUUAUUCCCAUAGAGCGAUCAACAUAUUUAUCUCUUCUUAUUUAUACAGUAGUGCACUCAAACCAGACAAUAUUCAUCAUCUCUUUCAGUUAAAGCAAAACAAUGCCUGAAUCUUUCUUAAUAUAUCAGUAACUACUUUUUAUUUAAUAUUAUUGUAUUACUGUGGGCAUGAUGGGGAUUAUUCUGGUUCUGUAAAGCAGUAGGCUACAUAUCAAAUCCUUGUUGGUGUAAAAAUCUUUCAGUUUAUUUGAAAUGGACUUGACCCCGUCCCUAGCUCUUCCCACGGCCGCAUCUCCAAGUGAAACUACCACAGCCCUAACACUUGGCUGUGUUCAUUAGGCAUAAAACUGGAGAAAACAUUUUGAAACAGAAAUGGGCUUUCUAAUUGCAUUAGGUUCAGGUUUCAACAUAUUUUUUUACUCUUUGCUGCCUUCUGAACAUAGCCCUGUAUGACAUGAGUCUAUGGUCUUUCUGUGUGAGUCAGUGUGUCCACCAGAGGGCUGGAUCACAAACAGAUAGGCCUACAGCUGGGUUGUAUUCAUUUCGCCGAUUCUGUUGCAAAACGUAUCUGAAACGGAAGAAAACGAAACGGGGUGGGACCUACCAGAAUUUGUCCCAAUAGAAACUCUUGUUUUCAUUGCAAAACGCAACUGUUUGGACUAAUGAUUAGACCCCCAGCUCUUGAUUGUCUGGCUCAUUUAAAAAGCUAAGAGUUGUUGGGACUGUCAAGUCAGUUAUAGCAUGCCCAUUUCAAGUCUUAAUGUUGGAAAUAAAGAUAUUUCGGAUAAUUUAGGAACGUUUUUUGGCUGACCCGUUGAUCCUGCUUUGCGAUGCAGCGUUGUGUGUGUGUGCGUUUCCAGGUUUACAGCAGCAGGAUGCUGAAGGGUAAUACAUAUGCCUCAUACAUUGAAAUAGCACACAGUAAAAUAGGUUAGUUAGGUUACAUUAUCAUAUUUAUAAUCUUGUCCUCCAGCCAGCUCUCUCUCUCUUUCACAGCAAUUAGCCUGCAGGAUAUCUGGCUGCUCAGGCAAUGAGUAUUCUUUACCUUGUGUUGUUAUUGUAGUUUAUUUGAUUGAGAUGCUUUCAACAGACGGACUUUACUUUGUACUUCAAUAAUUCCCCACAUUCAGAACCAUGAGAGCAGGUAAUGUCACCUGUAAAUACCACUGUAAGAAAAUAAAGGCUAUUAUUUUUCAGAA